GAAAUGGUGUUGUUUGUUGUUGUAUAAAACUUUUUUUAUGAUGGAAAACUAUGAGGAAAUGUAUAAUUCGAUUUGCCGCAUAUGUUUGAAUUACGGAAACAAACAAAAUAUGGUGUCAUUAAUUGAUAAUAAUACAAAGGAUGGCAUUAGUUGUCAUGGCAAAGCGGUUCUAAGUUUUACAAACAUAUCAAUAAAAAAACAAGACAGUUUACCAUCAGUUAUGUGUAUAAAAUGUUUAUAUUUGUUAAAACAAGCUAUUUAUUUUAAAUUAUUAUGCGAAUCGAGUGAUAAAUGCUUAAGAAACUUUGUUAGUAUUGUGGGUGACAAUAUCGAAAAAAUGAAAGAAAAAGUCGUAGAAUACACUAUGUUAAGGUUUUAUUUACCGAACGAACAAUUAUAUUCUUCAAAUAAAAUCAUUAAAAAUAAACAAACGAAAAACAGCGAUAUCAUUUCUAUUACAAACGAAAGUGUUACUAUGUCAGAAAAAAAGUUAAACGACGUAGCUAUCUCAGCAGACUAUUUUAAUGACCAAUCUGACCUAGAACCAUACAAGGAAGACGAAGAUAUAAUAUUAGAAGAUAUGGAAAAACUAAUUAAAGAAAAUGUUUUUACUAGUUCAGUAAAAAAACAUAAACCAUUCAAGAGAAAGCAUUUAAAAAUAAAACGAAAACUCGUAAAGAGACAAAAAAUGUUAGCGAUCCAAAAAGCAAUCGAACAAAGAAAAACAAUUAAAUUGAUCUGUAAAGUGUGUAACAAAGUCCUCGCCAACCAACACACAUAUGAACAUCACAUGCAAAGACACAAUGGCUGCAGAUACAUCUGCGAGCACUGCGGCAAAGGAUUUCCAGUUCGAACCGAACUUCAAAUUCACCAAGUAUCCCGUCACGGUACAGGACCAUACUUACAAUGUUCGCAUUGUCCUUUCAAAGCACCUAGAAAAUUCGAUUUGAUCGAACACGAGAGACUGCACACCGGGGAAAGGCCUUAUACAUGCGAAAAGUGUGGGCUUACGUUCAGACGACGCGGAAUAUGGAGGAAACAUUUGAUUUACCACACGGAAAAAAAGAUUCAAUGUCCGCAGUGCCCAAGAAAAUUCUUCCAAAGGAGCGAAAUGUUAGCGCAUGCAAAUAAUAUUCAUGAUAGGGUUUACGUGUAUUUGUGUAACAAAUGUGGUGCGACUUACGCUAAGACGGCGACAGUGAGACGGCACAUGUCUGAACGCCAUGGUAUUCCAAGAGAAAUGCAAGGGAAAAUUAUAAGGGUCAAUAAAGGAAUUGGUUAUCAAGAACAGUAGCUUACGUCGAUUGAAAAUUAGAAGUUUAUUAAUUUGAGUUGAACAAUAUCUUGUUGUUCGACCGUUUGAACGACUGAUCCGUAGGUUUAUAAAGCAAUUGGAGGCUGGAAACUCAA